ACUACCGACACGCCCGCUUGAAAAUCUCUUUUCACUAAAGAAAAGAAAAACUCCAUUUAAUCGAGAGGUACUGAAUACUUUCAACAUCUGACCUAUACAAUACAAAAUGGCCGGUUUAAUCAGUGGUUUCUUCUGCAUUGCCUUUCUGAUCGCUGGGAGCACUGCUGGUUUUGUCAACGACUGGGACCAGCCGUUUAAUUUCAAUUGUCCGUCUGGGCAGAUCAUCAACUUUGUCUCUAGUAUCCAUAACAACCGUAAAGAAGACAGACGCUGGGAGUUUCUUUGCAAGGGAGUCGGCAACACACAUUCAUGUUCUGACAGUGGUAAGUGUCCCCCUUCUUUCCCCCAUAUCUCACCAAAGAAUUAAUGAUAAAAAAAUUGUUUUAAAUUAGUUCAUGCUGGUCUACCUUUAUUUUUUAAUGCAAUUUUUAUCAAUCAGUACCAAAAAAAAAUCAAAAAGAAAAUUAUAAAGAUCAAUUUAAUUAAAUUAUCUUCUUAAAUAUUUUUACAUGAAACAUUUAAACAUUUCCAUUAUAAAAUGGAUUAAGACAAUAUCUUUGUAACUAGCAAAUAUCUGACGAAUAUUUAAAAAUUCUAAUUAAUUCUUCAAGUUAAGGUUUAAUAAGCAAUCGAAUAAUUCAUUUAAUAAAUAUUUAUUUUAUUAAUAUAAAUGAAUAUUCAUUUGAAAAGGGCGUAACUGAUUUAAUUUAUAAUGUCUUUUUUAAAUGAAGGGAAUGUGCUCAAUAUUUUCACAUCCAUUUGUACCGACCUCUUUAUUUUUGCGGAUCGCCAAAUAAUCAAAGGAAUUUAAUUAUGUUUUUAAAUUCUCAUUAUCUAUGUAAAGUUUAUAUGUUUUAAAUGAACCCAAUGACGUGAUGUAGUUACCUGAAAUUACCCGGAAAACAAUGGCGGGUUGCAGUCCGUGAGUUUCCCAUCUACUAAAGUUACUUGACAAAAUAUGCAUUCAAGAAAUUGUUGAUCGAAAUACCAAUAGGUUGUAACUUUGCGGGAUUUUACUUUGCAAAUUAAUAUUUGUGAGGUUAGGUCCAGUUUCACAUCUUUUUGAUGGCACUGUUAAAGCUAAAUCUUAAAAUCUCAGAGAGUAACAUGUCUAACCACCCCCCCCCCCCCCUCCUAAUCUGUCCUGUACCUCUUUCAAAGGACGAACAUGAAAUGGUAGAGUAGCUUUAAAAAAGCCUUGAUCAUUAUAAUUCUCUCUCAAAAAUUAAAAAAAAACAUUUUCAAGAUUGAUCCCCAUUCACAACUAGCAGAAGUUAAUUAUUUUCUAUUAAUAUUUUUAUCGAUUUUCGAGAAUAAUCCUCCAAUAGCAUCUUCUUUUCGAAAGUGGGGACAAAUGGCGGAUGCAGCUUUGCAUCCUUGACAAACUGCAUAUUCACUUUCAAUUAGCGUUGCCUUUAGUGCUGUUAGAUUGACGCAUUCUGUAUUUUUAUAACAUGAUUAAAAUUGCGACAUUAACGUUUCUUAACAUCAGUUCACACGUUAAAAUUUGCGAUCAUGCAUUCGAUGCAAUUUUUGAAAUGAAACCUUGUCACAAUUUUCAAUCUAUUAUAUGAUCGAAUUUUAAUUUUUGUCAAAAAUAGCAAAAAAAAACAACAACAAAAAAAAACAACAAGAAAAACGCGCACACAAUAGUGCAUUCAUACAAAAAUUUGAUGCGACUUUGUAGCUAAUUUGAUCGUGUGAACUGACGCUUGCACCAACAAGCGACCAAACUUAUCAAUGAAAAUAUUUUUUUUUUUUCUGCGCGCUUCUAUCGGGAAGGGCUUGGGUUAAAAAGUAGUUAAACAUUCCACGAAUCUGCAUGUCAUCUUUGGUCAAAACGCCAUGCUAUAUACCAAUAAGAAUCAAAGUUAACACUGAAAGAGCUGACGACAUUGUUUGCUCACUAAAAAUCAAAUUAUAAAAGGAAAGUCCUCUGUAUUGUUAAAUCUCUUGUCUAUUCCGUCAGGAUAUGUCAACACGUUCGACAACCCUCUCGUCUUCAAAUGUCCGGGCGAUCAGGUGAUCACCGGCGUCAACAGUUACCAUAGCAACAAGCACGAGGAUCGCAGAUUCGGCUUCCAGUGCUGCAACGUCCAGGGGCGCCAACCACGCGACUGCUACAUCACCGGCAACGUCAACGAUUGGGACGGCAAGCUGACCUUAGCCGUACCCGAGGGCAAGGCCAUCAAGGGUGCCUACAGCCACCACAACAACCGCCGCGAAGACAGGCUGUGGCAAUUCGAAAUCUGCACAUUAUAGAUAACUUGAAGAAUUAGCCAUGUUUCUAAGAUACUAGUAAUUUGCUCUAAUGAUAAAGUCUGGAGACAUUACAUGAGAUGAUAAGUGCCACAGAAUAUUAUAUUACACUGUUUUAUGGUUUUGUUGUUUACAAGUAAUAGUUUUACUUUUUUACAAUUUGUCAAAUAGGAACCUGAUUGCGAAUGAGAUAUGGAUCUUAUUUGUGAAGUGUUUUUUUAAAUGUUUCCAAUGAAUUUUAUGAAGAAAGUUUGGUUGCGUGAUUGAAUAUACAAGCUUGUUUUAAAAAUAAAUUCAAUAUUUUAAAUCUUAAAGUGUAAGUGAUCCUUUUUGGAUAAUAAAAUGAGAUUCCUUCAAAGUUUAUUUUUCAUCCACUAAGAUGUCCCAGUGGAGAUAGACUUGGAGCAACGUUAACUUGUCUUUUUUUUUUUUAAAGUUCAAUCUAAUUUAGUAAUGAUUUCACUCGCCGUUUCCCAAAAGCCGGGUUGCGACCAUUACCGGGCCAACGAUGAACAAUCAACGGUUUAUCGAUAGAAGACAGUUAUGGUUUAAAACUAGGUUAGAUCAUCGUGACGUACUCGUUAAUAAAUUAUUGGUAAGUCUUAUUUCUUUACAUUUUUGUAAGAGUCAAAAUUCUUAUCUAUACUUUAUCUAUAGUCCAUUUUAUGCCAGUAUACUUCAGUAUAGGCGAUUAAAAUGAUUAUAAUGAUUUUUUCCUCAUGAUUGUAUUUAAUUACAACUCCACUCUAUGAUGGCUUGCCAUUGAUACCUCAUGAAAUAAACCGAUCUCUGUCUGAAAUGUU